AUGGAGCUGGAGGAGUCGGGGAUCCGGGAGGAAUGCGGCGUGUUCGGGUGCAUCAGCUCCGGAGAGUGGCCCACGCAGUUAGAUGUGCCCCAUGUGAUCACUCUGGGGCUCCAGGGGCUGCAGCACCGGGGUCAGGAGAGUGCUGGUAUUGUCACCAGUGAUGGGAAUUCAGUACCAACAUACAGAACACACAAGGGAAUGGGUCUUAUAAAUCAUGUCUUUACUGAAGACAAAUUGAAGAAAUUAUAUCCUUCAAAUCUUGGAAUUGGACAUACGAGGUAUGCCACCACAGGAAACUCUGAAUUAGAAAACUGUCAGCCCUUUGUUGUUGAAACACUUCAUGGAAAAAUAGCUGUGGCACAUAAUGGCGAAUUGGUCAAUGCUGCCAGAUUAAGGAAAAAGCUUUUGCGCCAUGGUAUUGGUCUGUCAACAAGUUCUGAUAGUGAAAUGAUUACCCAGUUACUGGCAUAUACCCCUCCUCAGGAACAAGAUGAUACUCCAGACUGGGUAGCAAGGAUUAAAAACUUAAUGAAGGAAGCGCCCACGGCAUACUCCCUACUUAUAAUGCACAGAGAUGUUAUCUAUGCAGUCCGGGAUUCUUAUGGAAAUCGCCCUCUCUGCAUUGGUCGACUUAUUCCUGUAUCUGAUAUGAAAAAUAAAGAGAAAAAAUCUUUAGAAUCAGAAGGAUGGGUGGUGUCUUCAGAAUCUUGUAGUUUUUUAUCUAUUGGUGCAAGGUAUUACCGUGAAAUCUUGCCUGGAGAAAUUGUGGAAAUAUCCAGGAACAAUGUCCAAACUCUUGAUAUUAUAUCAAGGUCUGAAGGAAGCCCAAUGGCUUUUUGUAUCUUCGAAUAUGUUUAUUUUGCAAGACCAGAUAGCAUAUUUGAGGACCAAAUGGUUUACACAGUAAGAUUCCGUUGUGGUCAGCAGCUGGCAAUUGAAGCACCUGUGGAUGCAGAUUUGGUUAGCACUGUCCCAGAAUCUGCUACGCCCGCUGCUCUUGGUUAUGCUGGAAAGUGUGGGCUUCCAUAUGUGGAGGUGCUGUGUAAAAAUCGGUAUGUAGGAAGAACCUUCAUUCAGCCAAACAUGAGGCUAAGACAACUUGGUGUUGCAAAAAAAUUUGGAGUAUUGUCGGACAACUUUAAAGGCAAAAGAAUUGUUCUUAUAGAUGAUUCAAUUGUGAGAGGCAAUACCAUCUCACCCAUAAUCAAAUUGCUGAAAGAAUCUGGUGCAAAAGAGGUACACGUUCGAGUAGCUUCACCACCAAUAAAAUAUCCAUGCUUCAUGGGAAUAAACAUACCAACAAAAGAAGAGCUUAUUGCUAAUAAACCAGAAUUUGAACAUCUUGCUGAAUAUCUAGGAGCAAACAGUGUUGUAUAUCUGUCAGUAGAAGGACUGGUUUCAUCAGUACAAGAAGGGAUGACAUUUAAAAAAAAACAGAAAGUGGGGAAGCAAGAUAUUAUGAUUCAAGAAAAUGGGAAUGGUGUGGAAUGCUUUGAAAAGAACGGCCAUUGUACAGCUUGUCUCACUGGAAAAUACCCUGUGGAACUGGAUUGGUAG